AUGAUGUCGGCUUGUUUAAUAUCGCGGACUGUUGUCCGGUCAGCUGUCCGAAAACAGUCACCUUUCCCAACCAUUGUUGUAUCGACAUCGCCGAUUUCCCGAUGGAGCCGUGGCUUCGCGUCUGAGGCCGGCGAGGAGAAGGAUCUUGUCGUCAUCGGCGGUGGCGUGGCUGGCUACGUUGCUGCUAUCAAGGCCGGCCAGGAAGGAUUCAAGGUGGCUUGCAUCGAAAAGCGCGGAUCCCUUGGCGGUACCUGUUUGAACGUCGGCUGCAUCCCGUCGAAAUCAUUGCUCAAUAAUUCCCACCUCUACCACCAGAUCCUUCACGACAGCAAGAGCCGCGGCAUUGAGGUCGGUGACGUCAAGCUGAACUUGCCCCAGCUGAUGAAGGCCAAAGAACAGUCCGUGUCAGGACUCACCAAAGGCAUUGAGUUUCUCUUCAAGAAAAAUGGCGUUGAAUACGUCAAAGGAAGCGGCUCGUUUGUUGACGAGCAUACAGUCAAGGUUGAUCUUAACGACGGUGGGGAAACGACACUGAAGGGCAAGAACAUUAUCAUUGCCACUGGCAGCGAAGCCACACCGUUCCCCGGUCUGGAUAUUGAUGAGAAGCGCGUCGUCACUAGCACUGGUGCGUUGUCGCUUGAAAAGGUGCCAGAGUCUCUGGUCGUGAUUGGUGGUGGCAUUAUCGGCCUGGAGAUGGCCUCGGUGUGGUCUCGCCUGGGCGCCAAGGUGACGGUGGUUGAAUUCCUCGGUCAGAUUGGUGGGCCUGGUAUGGACACAGAGAUUUCGAAGACUGCACAGAAGAUCCUGAAGAAGCAGGGCAUCGAUUUCAAGCUCAACACGAAGGUUGUCAGUGGCGAUACGAGUGGCGACAAGAUCAAGCUGGAGGUUGAUGCUGCCAAAGGCGGCAAGCCCGAGACGCUGGAAGGCGAGGUUGUCCUGGUGGCCAUCGGACGUCGUCCCUACACCGAGGGCCUGGGGCUGGAGAACAUUGGCCUGGAUGUUGAUGAGCGCGGACGUGUUGUCAUUGACUCGGAAUACCGCACAAAACAUUCGCACAUUCGGUGCGUGGGUGACGUGACUUUCGGUCCUAUGCUUGCGCACAAGGCUGAGGACGAGGGCCUUGCUGUCGUGGAAUAUCUGAAGAAGGGUUACGGCCACGUCAACUACGGUUGUAUCCCUGCAGUGAUGUACACGCACCCCGAGGUGGCUUGGGUGGGUCAAACGGAGCAAGACCUGAAGGCACAGGACGUCGCGUACAAAGUCGGCACGUUCCCGUUCUCUGCCAACUCCCGCGCCAAGACCAACGCCGAUUCCGAGGGUAUCGUGAAGGUAAUUGCCGAUGCGGAGACGGACAGGCUGCUAGGUGUGCACAUCGUGGGCCCUGGUGCUGGUGAGAUGAUUGCCGAGGGCACGCUGGCCUUAGAGUAUGGUGCGUCGAGUGAGGAUAUUGCGCGUACGACGCAUGCGCACCCCACGCUUGCAGAGGCGCUCAAGGAGGCGGCCAUGGCGACCUACAACCGCGCCAUUCACUUCUAG